AUGUAUGUUGCAGACAAACAGGAAGAGUGCCAUAUUAGCCUCGGUAACCUUGGAAACUUCACUUUCAGUGAACUCCAGCUUGCGACGGACAACUUCAGUUCCAAGAACAUACUAGGCACAGGAGGAUUUGGUAAUGUCUACAAGGGAAAGUUAGGAGACGAGACCCUGGUGGUUGUGAAACGGCUAAAAGACUUGACAGGAAGUUUCGGGGAGUCGCAAUUCAGGACCAAGUUGGAGAUGAUCAACUUGGCGGUUCACCGUAAUCUGCUUCGUUUAAUUGGAUAUUGUGCUACAGACUUCUCGUCUACCCCUAUAUGUCUAAUGGCAGUGUGGCAUCCAAGCUCAGAGGUUAGUCCUAGCUUGGUUGUAACUUCUCUCAUUCAAUUAUCAUGCCGGACAAGGUGUUCUCCGCCGUGUUCUACGGAGGUUUCCGACAUGGGAAGCUUCGGAUACGGCACUGAUAUGGUGGAUGUCAAGGCAAGCUCCAUAGUUUUACAAGGUCAUCCUCCUCCUCAUCAUCAAAAGCUUCAGCAAGCUGAUUCAGACACUACUGGUACUGGCACUGGCAGCACUAUUUUGGUUGAUUCUACUUCACAAAUGUUGGGUUUUAACCUCCUAUCAUCGACAACCUCGGACUGGAACUUGUCUUUGCUUCGAAGUAAUUGGAGAACCGAGAGUUAUAAUUCGAUUCUUCAACAAGACACUGAUUCGAGGUUGAGUUAUCGGCAAGAACCAGACAUGUGUUCUUCUCAAAUCCUUAAGGAUUGGAGUCCGAUGAGCUUUUCAAACCGAGGGAAAGAUUCUCCCAUUACUGCUUUCGAGCCAAUCUAUCAAGAUUUUCCAUCGGAUCAACCGAGGUUGAAUUCAGCUACCAGCUCUGGUAAUGGUAUACCUACCGGGUUCCGAAUGGACUCUGCAUCAUAUGAGUACCCAUCGACGUUGUUACCGACGUGCUGGUCGUCAAUAAACUAUAUGUCGUCUGCAACAGUAGAUUAUGGGGCAAACGCUAAUGAAUUAUCACCUUUCAUAAGGGCAUCGUUGCCGAAGCAACAAUUUCUUGUACAUGGAGCAUUCAACGAGAAAUCUAAUUGCUUCAGCCCCACGGCAAAGACUAAUUCAGAAGUCCGAAAUUCCGGCUCGGGGACGACGAAGAAAGGAAGCAGUGAACCUGCAUUUAAGAGGCCAAAGCUUGAAACACCAUCUAUUAACUUUUAUGAUCAGGUUCGGAAAGAGAAGCUAGGGGACCGAAUCACUGCACUCCAACAAUUGGUUUCACCUUUCGGAAAGACCGAUACCUCAUCUGUUCUCCAUGAAGCCAUUGAAUACAUCAAGUUCCUCCAUGAUCAAGUCAAUGUUCUAAGUAUUCAAUAUAUAAAACAAGCAGCAGUUUCCCAGUUGAAAGAUCAAGAUGAGCCAAAACAAUAUCUAAGAAGCUGGGGGUUAUGUUUAGUGCCGAUAUCGACCACAUUCCCUGUUACUAAUGAGACCACAGCUGAUUUUUGGACGCCAACUUUUGGUGGAACAUUUAGAUAAAGAAGAAGACAAUUAAUAAAGCUAAACGAAGGCCAUAAAAUAAAAGGAAAAGGAAAGUGACUGUCCAAAGAUGGUAUCGACAGACGCGAACACAGU